CGAUAAAAUAAUAAAAAUAACUUAAUGGAGUUGGGGACGUUAUGGAAAUGAACUUGGCACGGUUUUCUUAUAAAUGGAUGCCGUUGCUCUGGUCCCGCGGAAAUCUCUGGCCCUCACCCUCUCACCUCGUUCUCUCUCUCUCUCUCUCUCUCUCUCUGUUAGUUCUUUCUUUGAAAUUCCCUCGACAUUAUCAUUAUUCCAUCGAUAUUUCUUGUUCUGUAUUAUUCCCUUUCUAAUUUUACUCAUCUCCAGGAAAAGCUGCAGUAUAAUGUAGAUUCUUCUCUUGUGUCUGACACAAAGAUAUCUAUAUAUACAAGUCAGUUGGCAACUUGUCCGGCCGCCUCUUGGGAGAAACUAAGAGUUAUUAGGGUCGAUCUUUGGACGUAAAUGUUGUGCUGCAUUGUUCAAAGCUAGCUAGCAGCAGCUGGCCUUGACCAGCCCUUAUAAUCGGUCGAGUUUAUUUGUUGACGAGAUAUAUGAGAGCUAGCUGAUCAUUUAAUAAGAAUUUUUUCUUGAUCGAUCGAGAGAGAAAGAGACGAUAAUUUAAGUAAUUUGUUGUGUUAUGUUAUGAAAGCUAGCUAGCUAGGUAGUACAGCUGGUUCUUUUUCCUCGAAGUUCAUACAAAACUAAUUACCUGGAUAGUUUCGGUAGAUAUAUAGAAGAAUAUAUAUAUACACACAUCAUCAUGUCAUCUUCUGUGCUACUAGCGCGAACUGGGCGACAUCGGCAACGCUAUGACAACAAUUUCCGACUCGUUUCUGGAUGCAUUCCUUACCGGAUAGCAGAAGACGAUGGAGACGACCAAUUUGGUGAUAUUGAGAACAGGAUACAAGUUCUUAUGGUUUCUUCACCAGAUCGUCAUGACAGAGUCUUCCCAAAAGGUGGAUGGGAGGAUGAUGAGACUGUUUUAGAAGCUGCUUGUCGUGAAGCCUUUGAGGAAGCAGGGGUCAAAGGAACCCUAAGAGAAACUCCGCUGGGAGUAUGGGAGUUCAGAAGCAAAAGUAGAGAGGAAAUGUGCAGCCUCAGCCUGGAUGGAGGAUGCAGAGGAUACAUGUUUGCGUUGGAGGUCACUCUAGAGCUUGAUACCUGGCCAGAGCAGCUAAACCGUGACAGAAAAUGGCUAAGCAUAAAGGAGGCUUUUAGAGUCUGCCGGUAUGAAUGGAUGCGCAAAGCGCUGGAGCAGUUUCUAAGAGUUAUGGCAGAAGUUUCAAUCUGUGAUGAUGAUGAUGAUAUUGAUGAAGGUGUACAAGUGAAAGUUGUGGAGAUGAUGACGGGAGAAGAUCAGAUGAAAGGAGAGGAGCUGCCAUCUUCGGAUUCUACCCUGCACCCACUGCCGCAGGCGGCCUCUUCAUCAGAUGUGGAGCAUGUGGUGGCUGAAUGUAAAAUAGUGUCGUCAAACUGCUACAUAAAGCCUGCUUCUUCAAGUGCUAGUCAAAUGGUGAUCAGUUCAUUGUCAUGGCCAAGGGGUUGCCAUUGAUGACAUAUGACUAUAUGAUGUAAGAAGCAUGAUAUAUAUACAUAUAUAUGUAUGUAUGUAUGUAUGUAUGUAUGUAUGUAUAUAGAGGGUGCGUGGUGGCCCUCAACUUUACCCCAUUUUUUAGCUUUCGUCUCUAGAUUCUCAUUUUAGUUUUUUCCGCUUUCCAACUUAACCAUACAUUGCACUAGUGGUUCUUCUGUCAAAAUUCUAAUCUUUUCCGUCAAAUUUAAGGGUAUAUUAGUCUUUCUGAGUCUGGAUUGUAGGAUUCCCACUACGUAAAUGAUAUCCCUUGCCAGAAUUAAUUUUUCCUAG